AUGGGUGAGAUUUGGAUGGCGGUGUUCCUUGCCGGGGCGGCUCUGACGGUGUAUUCCGUGCACCUGGUAGUGGCGGAUUACCUCUCCUACCCUGUCAUCACAUACGUAUCCAUGAGCCACGCACGAAAGAUGGUUUUCCCUGCCGUCACCGUCUGCAACUCUAAUCCCAUCGUCUGCUACAAACUGACUCAGCUCCGGGACCUGCUACCCGAGUUAUGGAAUGUAUCCGGGUGCACGGUUGAGGACUUCAUGCUCAGUCCCGUCUUUUGGCUUCUCUCACCGUAUUUGGAUCGCGAAAAACUCAAGAACGCAAUCGAUGGGUAUUUGCAAGAGACGGUGAAUACAACGGAAUUGGCACUUACUGUAGUGGAUCAAGGCAACUCAUACACGGAAAAUUCGUCACUCCUAGACUUGAUGUCUGGAACGAACAAGCAAUCUCGAUUGGAUGGUCUUCUCAAGAGCCUAUUAUAUGUGGCUCCAGUGGAGUUCAAGGCUAGGAACGGCAGCAGGGCCUUUGAUAUACUCAUGGCAUACUUGAUUAGGAGUAUCCAGUCCAGCUCACCCCAGAGUAGCACUACAGCAGCUAGCCUAUCGACCACCACACUGAAUGCUAGCAGUGAAAAUGCGAGUAAUCAGACUUCUCAGCAAAGGAGGAAGAGAGCUGCCACGCUCCAAAGCACAACAAGUAGUCCUGUUGCUAAUCAGGACGGACUACAUGGAUUUGGAGUGGAGGACAUCUCAGUCGCAACAGAAGAUUACUUGAAUAGUUGUACCGUUAUAUCAGCCACCACCCGUAUAGCCAGUCAGUACGGUACCAUCGGCGCCAACAGCCAUCGUAAUUUCCAAGUGAUGCUGAUCCCUCAGUACGGGACUUGCUUCAUGUUCAACACAGCCUGGAAUUCAAAAGAUUCAAGUGGAGGAAAGAGGAUCUCGAGCAAAACCGGAGAAGAAUCAGGGUUAUCACUGGAAUUAUACCUGGAUCAGAUAAGUUACAUCAAGAAUCCAACAGCAUCGAGUGUUGGAGCCCGAGUCACCAUUCAUUCCCCAAACGAAUGGCCGAAUCCAGUGGAACAAGGAUAUCUCGUUCAACCCAACACUCGCAAUGUUUUCGCCUUGCAAGCUGUGGACAUUUCCAGAUUGGAGAGUCCCUACAGCACAGAUUGUUUCUCGGACUGGAAUCAAACAGACUACAAACCCUUCUCUAUGGAUAAUCCAAAUGCCACCCUCGACUACAGUCUAGUCCAAUGCGAGCGACUGAGAGAAACGGCGGAGAUCGCGAAGAAUUGCCACUGUCUCAAUCCUGAAAUCCAGGACAAUUUCCUUCACAAUGGAGUAUCGUACCUGGGCUAUCCCAUGUGCAACAUCAGCAUCGGAGUUUCAUCUUGCAUUCGUUACAAACGUGAAGCAAUAAAUGACACCCUGUCGGACCUCAUGCAGGAAGAUCUGCUUUCACGAGCGGUUUAUAAAUUGGGAUACGAAGAUGCCUUCGCCACAGUUCGUAAUGACCCAGUCCAGUUCGCGGCGGUAAAGGAACAACUUAAGAAAGACAUGCUGAAGGUGGAGGUCUUUUUCCGGUCUCUCAAUCUCCAAGUCAUCCAGGAACAGCCGAAAUACGAUUUGAAUGGAUUGGUGAGCAACCUAGGUGGGGUAUUCGGAAUAUACUUGGGAAUGUGCGUCGUGAUGCUCAUCGAGGUCGUGGAAUUCAUCGUCGUUCUCAUCAUCGACAUCAUCCGGCAUUUCUUCGGAAAAGAUUCAAGAGAAAGCGAAUUGGAGAAAGCUUGGAGAGGACACGGGAAUCCGGAUCCAUCUGAGGCGAACCCGGGAAAGCGACGCGGCUUUCCCGUCUCUCCUGGGCCCGAUGCCUACAGUAGGGCCAUGGCCUCGCUCCACCCCGUCGCACACGUGCAUUAUCCACGUCAGGGGCAAUUCUUAUCAUUUGAGAAUGAGAAGGCGUGGCGUCAGGGUUGAUUCAAAUGCACCC